CUCCUGAAUUCAACAACAAGUCUUUCUAAUAUACAUCUUUUUAGCUAAAGGGUUUAAUUUUCAUCAUGGCAAAGUUGUACUACCAGAUUCUGUUCAUGGUUGUUGUACUUUCUGCAUUACUUGUUGUACCUUCCACAGCUGCAAGAAACAUUCCUUCUUCUGCUGAUGACGCACCAAAAGUUGCUGACGAAGCAGCUCCUCACCAUGACGUCACUGCCGCCGCCGCCGCUGCUGCUGAGAAGAACACCGUGCAUGUGGUCCCACAGCAACAAGCCGGAGUUGUGGCUUUCGUGCCGGUGACCGGCGCAGUUGCCGGAGUUGGUGGCCUUGAGGAUAAGAAGAACUUCAUCGCUUACGGCGGCGGCGUUGGUGGAUGGGGUGGAAUUGGCUACAUUGGGGUGUUGCCGGUUCUUGGUGGAAUCGGUGGAAUUGGUGGCAUGGGUGGUGUUGGAGGGAUCGGUGGAGUCGGCGGCGUUGGCGGACUUGGUGGCGUUGGAGGUGUCGGAGGUGUUGGCGGUGGUGCCGGAGUUGGAGGUGGAAUUGGAAAAAUCAUUCCCUAAGAUGUAUGCACAAGCAUGAUGAUAUUUCCGCUGACUUUCUGGUAGCACUUUUAAUUUGCAUUAUUAGGGUUCUUAUUUUCGAAUUUCCUAAGUUUGUAGUAUUCCUCUUUUAAUUUGUAGUAGCGUUUUUGUGGGAAGAAAUCGUGAUCAUUAUUAGGUUUCUAGGUCCUAUGCUAGUAUUAUUAUUAUGUGUCUUGAUCUUCAGAUGUUUUUUGAGUCAGUUGUUUUUAAUGCGUAUUAGUAUAUCCCCGUG